AUGCGGCGGGUAAAUGCGGCGACUCUCUCCUCCGUGCAAUUUUAUUUAUUCAUUUAUAUUAUUACUGCUAAUGAAUGUGAUUAUUGUUCGUUAAUUGUUAAAACAUUCCAAACUGGUUUAAAAAAGACGGAAAACCAACAUUUUGCCGGUGGUAAUACGGAAUGGGAAGAAAGAAAUUUGGGGAGAUUCGCCACAAGUGAAACUAGAUUGAUCGAAGUGAUGGAAUACGUUUGCAAAACGAAGAAUGCUGGGAAUGUUGAGAACAAUGAUAAAUUUGCUCACGGAAUCAAGGAUGUCGAAUUUAAGUGUCAACAAAUGGUUGAGGAAAAUGAAGAGAAUAUUGAAAAUUGGUAUUUUCAUAAACAAAAUUCUGAUCCUGAUAUGCAUUUGUGGUUAUGUGUAGAGAAAUUACAAGUGUGCUGUAAAGAAGGAUUCUUUGGGAAAAAUUGUAAGCCAUGCCCUGGUGUAGACAAAGGACUCAAUUCAUGCUUUGGUCGAGGAAAAUGCCACGGCGAUGGCACUCGUGGCGGUGAUGGCAAAUGCAAGUGCAGUAAAGGAUAUGUGGGAAUAUAUUGUAGUAAUUGUGAUGCCAAUUAUUAUCCUAUCCAUCAGUCAUCAACUUCAGUUGAAUGUAAAGCAUGUCAUAAGUCGUGCAUUGGUGGAUGUACGACUGAUGGCCCUACUGGUUGUAAAUAUUGCGCUAAAGGGUGGAUUAUGGAUGGUGACGAAGGCUGUAAAGAUGUAGAUGAGUGCUUAGAUAAAGAUGUUUGCAUAGGUGAACACGAGAUCUGUGUUAAUACAGAAGGAUCAUUUGAUUGCACUUGUGAAUUAGGUUAUUCAAUGAAUUCGAAAAAGAAUUGCGAAUUAAAUUUUAAAGGUAUUUUUUUAAAUUCAUUUCAAACUCUAUAG